UGAAGUGGUCUCUUUAUUUCUUUCUGCGGAUGUAUAUAUUUAUAUAUUUUAUUUAAACUUCAUUCUCCUUUUUCUUAAACAACAUAUACAGUGUCAAAGACAAGAAAAACAGGUGUGCAGGUUCUCAAUUUUUUUAACCCCCCUCCCCCUUAUAGAAUAAUACAACAUUAAUAGUACAAGAACAUUUAAAAUGAUAGACAAACAAAUGGUUGAAAUCACAGCACAACAAAUAAAAACAAAACAAACAAAAAUAUGAAAAGCUUGAGAUAAAUGUUAGUCAUGAUUGACUGUAGUUAAUCUAUAUUCUAAUUCAGUUUUUGUUUUCUUUAUAAAUGAAAAAUGAUGUAUCGGUUAGGGAAGAGUACACAGUUUCAAACUUUUCAUGUACAUUAAAAAUGGUUGCCACGUCCUAUAAAAUUUACAAGUGGAGCCACCCAAAGUACACCUUAUUUUCUCCAUGUGUAGAAACGUUUGAACAUUAAUUCCUUGCUUGUUUGUUGUAGUAUCAGUAUGGCUCACUUCCUCAACUCACCAACCUUACUUCUGAAUGAAACAGGCCGCAGGAUGCUGAAACAGCGAAAGGGAGUAAGAGAGAGACAGAGACAGAAAAAACUCCAGCUCUGUGAGAAACUGAAACAAAGACAUGACAGAUAUAUAAACAGUACACUCGCCUUGCUUUAACAUGAAGGUACCUUACUACUGCUCACUGCUUCUCCAAGAUGACUCUUUGCUGGCAGGCUCUCAUCUUCUUUUGCUGUGUCCUAAACUGUGUGGAGUCCCUUUCUCCAACUCCAGUCGUCCAGAGGAACAAAUACAACGACUCCUUUUGCCUCACGAGGUCAACCCGAACCCGUGUCCAGCAGCUUCAGAAGAAAUACAAGGCGCAGCAGUUGGGGUACAACCAUUUCGAGGACAGAAGUCGGCAGUUAAAUGACCUGCCAUUGCUCUCUACAGACUUCUCCAGCUGGCUAAAGCUCACGGACUGGGAACGACUGCACAGUGCGUUUGUCGACAUGCAGGCCUAUUGGAAUAUGCUGGAUCGGAAGAGAAAACAGCUGGAGAGGGAGGAGAGAGAGCAGAUGUUGUCUCGGGCGGUCGGCACCACCAUACCUCAGAGCAUCAGGCACAUUCAGCUGGACCUGAGGGACCUGAUGAGCCAAGUCAGCAGCCAGAUGAGCUACAUGAGGAGUUCUUGGACGAAGCCGACCUUUCCUACACCGUUAAACCCUCAAAACAGAUCCCAAACGGAUUGGGACAGCAGGGUGGAGGGUUACAUCAUUCUGCGAGAUCUAGACCUUUACCUCACCAGGUUGGCAAGAGACUUCCUUUUUCUGGCUUCGAAAACAGAUUCAGUGAGUCAGUGCUGAAACCGUGACGACAGGAAAACAGUCAAAGAGAAGGCUGAACUGACUGAGCACUUAUUGAGUUAGUGCUUUAGAAGAUCUUAUUUUAGCUUGUCAAAUUUUUUUGACAUGAUGUUUGACUGUAUAUUUAAUGGUUUUCUUGGGUAUUUCCCAUAGUUUCUGUCUCCUCUCUAACUGUAAGUUAGCAAUAAGCUCCCAGAACAGGCAUCACCUCCCAACAUCCUGUUCUUCCCCCUCACUGGACUUUCCAAAAAUAUUUACUUAUUUAUUGACAUAUUUAUUAACAUGUUAUUUAUUCAAAGUAUUUUUAUUUCUCUUACAAUAUAGAGAUACAGUGUUGAAACAUUAUUAUAUUGACAGAAUGGAAGUAUAUUUAUGUAUGACUGCAAUAAAAAGCAUUU